AUGACGAGGAGUGGUAGUAGUGGUCUAUUAGAUGACGUAAGCUGGGGCGGCCAACUCCUCCCCAUUGGGCGCUCUCAGAUCAAUGUAGAUGAGGACACCGAGGGGUAUGCUAGGUUCAAGGGCAGGUAUCAUGUCUUAGCUGAUGGCGCGUAUACAGAGGACAGCUACGCCGAGGAGGCACCCACCAAAUACCCUCCACAGCCUAUAGACGAGGCCUGUAUGAGUACUAAUAGCAUUGAGGAUGCCGACCUCGUGGCGUCCCUGCCAAAAGCGUAUGAUUUCCGUGAUGAAGUUCCGCAUUUUGGAAAUCUAGAGUCUCAGCAGAUGCUAUGUGGCAGCUGCUAUGCGAUAGGUGCGGUGUCGGCCCUUCAAACUGCCAUUGCUCGGCAGUUCCAACUUCUUGGGAUGGACCUGCCCGACGACUGGGGUCUGUCCGUCCAGGGGGCUUUAUCGUGCGGUUAUGCUUCUCAAGGAUGCAACGGUGGAUUUCCUGGUAUCAUGGCAUUCGACCUGACUGUCCAGGGUGUACCUCGAGCUUCCUGCAUGCCGUAUCAGGGGACUCCCGAAGCUUGUGACCGAUCAUGCUAUAGAGAUUCCACCAAAUUGUGGUAUGCCAAGGAUUUCGCAUACGUUGGGGGCUUCUACGGUCGUUGUAGUGAGGCCCAGAUGAGGCAGCAUAUAAUGCAGCAAGGACCGGUCUCGGUGGCUGUGAAUGCACAGAGCGACCUGCUCCCCAGACCACCUCACAAUAUCACAGGCUUGGAUGCUGGGGUACCCUAUGGGACGGAGCACACAGUAAGGGUGAAGGCCACACGCCUAUUGCCCUCUCCUGGGAAGGAGGUGUUGGGUGCCCAUCUCCUUGUGGACACCAGCGACUUCCGUACGAUUACGAGCUCUAAUCAAGAGCUCAUUGUAAGGGCGGCCUUAGCGAAAGGGGUCACUUCAUGGCCUCAAGUGGCACAAGAGAUCACUCGCGUGCUCAAGUCAACCGGCUUGGGGGAAUACCAGCUUCAUGAACCCCAAUACCUCGGUAUCGAUCAGUGGGAGUACACCAACCAUGCGCUGCUGGUCGUGGGGUGGGGAUCUGAGAUGGAUCACAAGGCUGGCAAGGAGGUGGACUACUGGAUAGCGCGCAACUCCUGGGGCGCCGACUGGGGUCCCAACAAGGAUGGGUAUGUGAAAAUACUCAGAGGGGUUAACUUUGGUGGUAUAGAGUCCCAGGCUGUUGCUAUAACACCAGACCCUUGUAGAGGAGCUUUCAGAGGCAAGUGGCGACUGUAUUUCUUGAAGGGCCCAGUGCCUGACUGGAGGGCUGAUACUGGCGGCAACUUUUGCGGAUAUACAGCUAUUAAUUCUAACAAAGGCAAUCUGGCUGUGGGCCAGAAGAUCGAUGAACUUAUGCGGCGGGAAAGGCCGACUAGUGAGGACUUCAAUGAGAUCCUUGGCAUGUCCGUUGAUGGGGAGCCAAUCGAGAUUGGACUGUCCCUGUCACAGAAGAUGGAAGACAUUUAUGGGGAGAAGGAUGCUCACCACUUGAUGGUGAUGGAUGCGGAUGAUAGCACACUGGAGUUGGGGCAUUGGACCAUGGGCUACGACGAGUUCAUAGUACUUGAUAACUUCCACCACCCUAGAUCUAAUGACAUCCCGAGGAAGAUAGAUUUGUUCGUUCACUACCGGUGUACAGGGGAGAGGGAAUGCGGUGGAGUUGAAGACGCUGAGUCGCCGGAUGGUACAACAGAGGGAUAUGUUUCCUACUGCGGCCGAACGCUUGUUGGCUUCUGGUCCGCGAUUGACGGGUCUAAGCAGGGCUGUGCUUGGGCGAGGAAAGUCGACGCAGAGGAGGCCAAUAAGGUACACAGCUUGGCAGUGUCUCAUAGGGAGGGCGGCUCUGGGCAUGCGACUAAGAUAUUAGCGCCGGAGUUCGCUGUAAUGGAGCCUAUGAGGGACGUGGGGGAGGUCCAGCCUCAUGUGAAGGGGGUCGAGAGCCAACGACAACUGGGCUAUACAGGAAUGAAGGGGAAACGGUAUAAUCUGUAUAGCCCAGAGCAAUCUCCUGAGAGAUUGGAUGGCCCUAUUACUCAAGGCAUGCCGGAUGGGAUACAGGAGAACCCCUCGGAGCGCUCGGAUCGGCACUUGAACUUGUGCCAAACGGAGGAAUUAUUCGAAGCUGAUAAUAUCCUUGCAACCCUUCCUGAGGACGUACGAGCAUCCUACGACUUCAGGGACCAUUACGGAGAUUACGGCAGUCCAGUGAGGAGCCAAGGUCCCUGUGGGGGGUGCUAUGCUAUGGCUAUUGCGGCUGCUGUACAAGGCGCUAUAUACAAGGACUUCAAGGCGAUGGGAAUCCCCAUACCAGAUGACUUUGAACUUUCUCCUCAAGGAAUUAUUUCGUGUAGCUAUACUGCUCAAGCCUGCAAUGGAGGGUUCCCUGGUUCAGUCGGUUUCGACCUACUCGUAACGGGUAUAACAACAGAGCGAUGCAUGCCAUACGUGUCCGGCGAUGGUAGAUGCAAAGCCGAGUGUUUCAAUGAUGAGACGAAAGUGUGGUAUGUCAAAGAAGGCACCUAUAAAGGGGGAUUCUAUGGUCGUUGUAGCAUGGCGAGGAUGAUGCAGCAUGUCUAUGUGCAUGGACCGAUGCAAGUGGCGAUAGAGGCCCCUAAUGGUCUCAAUCCCACACUCUUUAAUGAUGUUGAAAUUUAUGUGGCUAAUGCCCCUAAGGGCUUCAUGGAAGUGCUUAACCAUGUUCCUCUGCGAGAUCAUAAUGUACUCCUUACUGAAAAGGACGAGGCUCUGCUACGGCAUCUGAGCGUGGCACCAGGCAAGCAGCCAGAGGCGGACGGGGACGUACACUUGCGUAUACACGGCUCCUUCGAAGCCGAUAAGGAGACUCUCACCGAGUCGUUGGAGUCUCUCCUCACGAAGUUCGGUAGAGGUUUCCGGAUAGCAAAGGUUGAGGCCAUUGGUUAUGACCAUUGGGGCUACACUAACCAUGCUCUAACCAUUGUGGGUUGGGGAACUGAGACCGAUUCCAACACAGGGAAGGAGCUGCCUUACUGGCUGGCUAGAAACUCCUGGGGUCCCAACUGGGGCCCGUUCGGAGACGGUCAUCUCAAGCUGGAGCGUGGUGUCAACCUUGGGGGCGUGGAGGCUCAAGCGAUGUCGUUCCUUCCGGACCCUUGUCGAGGAAGCUACCGAUAUUAUGUGGACAUGUACAUCGGUAACGGACGAGUGAAUAUAGCCGAUUUACCAGAACAUGUGCGUGUAUGCUACCUUGAAACAUGA